UUCAGCUCUUCACCUCCCUCCUUCUCAUCCACGCGUUCCAUAUCUGAGGUCAUUAGAAAUCCAGAAGUUCCAAGCACAGACAACAUCUGUGUUAGAGGGUAGACAAAGACCUGAGCAGUUGGAAGACAAGGAACAGAAAAGCAGAAAGAGAGGGGGAAGACAGUGACAGCAGAUAUAUUCAUCGAGCAAUUGCCAGUCGUGAAAUCAUCCUGCCUGCUCAGGGGAAUGAGGGGCACAGGGUGAGAGGGGGGCGGAUGCACACUCUCUACUCUCUUGCCCUGCGUUUCUGUUGCCCCCUCCGCCAACUUCGUCGCUCCUCUCCACCACCACAACCUCUCAUUCCACCGUCUUUGCCUGCUUCAGGCGCAAAUACCCCGUGGUGUGUCUGUGGCAUGGAGAAAGAGAGGGAGGAUGAAGAGACCGAGGGGAGGGAGAGACCAGAGCCGCUGACGGAUGUGGAGCGAGGCAUCAUUCAGGACACCUGGGCGCGUGUUUACGAGACCUGUGAGGAUGUGGGCGUCACAAUACUGAUCAGAUUCUUUGUAAACUUCCCCUCAGCAAAGCAGUACUUCAGUCAGUUCCAGGACAUGGAAGAUCCAGAAGAGAUGGAGAAAAACUCUCAGCUGAGGAAACAUGCCCGUCGUGUCAUGAAUGCCAUCAACACAGUUGUGGAGAACCUUCAUGACCCAGAGAAGGUUUCGUCUGUGCUGGGACUAGUGGGAAAAGCACAUGCCCUCAAAUACAAAGUGGAGCCAAUGUACUUCAAAAUCUUAAGCGGGGUUAUUCUGGAAAUACUUGCAGAGGAUUUUGGAGAGUGCUUUACCCCGGAGGUGCAGAAAUCCUGGACCAAACUGAUGGCAGCAUUAUACUGGCAUAUCACGGGGGCCUAUACUGAGGUGGGGUGGGUCAAACUCUCUAGCUCAGCGGUCUGAGCAGGUCUGGAGCAUUUGUCCCCACGGCACAUGAACAUUAGUUGUGAACCAUCAGUUUGGCUAGCCAAAGGACUGAAUUAUGAAGAAAAAAUAAAUAAAUGAAAUAUAAUCGGAAAGAAGUGAGGCUAAAUGUUUAUCAUCAUAGGUGUCAUUCUCUUUCACCUUAUUUUAUGCAUAUUAUUUUUAGUAUAUAUAAUUCCGACCUUUAAGAUGUUGUCUGUGAUGUGAGGUGUAAUGUUCUUGUGUCUUUUAGGGCUAGUAUCUUGUGUUUCAAUGUAUAUCAAAAAACAAAUCACAAUUGAACACAACACAAUUCAUUAUAAUAUUGCACCUGAAUCACAUUACCUACUAAAGCCCAAUUAUAAUGAAUAGCAUAAACCUGUUGUUCAUUUUUCAACUUUAUUAAGAGUUCUUGACUCUUUCUCCAAACUGUAACACAAGUCUUGAUUUUUUAGUACUUUUCUAAUUUUUAUUUAACUUAAUCUUAUUGUUUCUCACAUAUUAGAGGUAUAAAUUAAUGAAAAAACAGUACAAGAAGUGACCCAGUAUUCUUAGAUCUGCACUCUAAUGCUGUAUCAGACCCCAGAAAUCAUAACUACUAAAUUAACUCUAUCUUCUCAACACAAAACACAAAUUUCAUUAUUAUUAUUAUUUAUUGCUGAUCAAAGAAAUAGAAUAGAUAAAAAAUGCAUAUGCAUUCAAAUGAACUCUCAGUCAUACUCACAAAUGCACAUUCGCACAUUUCAAAUAGUGGUGCAAUAAUACACGAAUAUCUAUACCUGACUUCAUCUCCAGCAAAACAAUCGUCUCUUCCUUCUUCUCUUUACCAGCUUUUCCAUCACCUUUCUCCUCCUCCUCUUCCUCCUCUUUGUCUUCACUCUUACAGUUUCUCUCUUUUUCUCUCUUUCUGUAUUACCAUGACAUAUUUUUCCAUUAUCUAGCUAAUUCCACCUGCUGGCAGUGAGCCUGUCUCUGCUUGAUGGGCUGUGCCAGGUUUCCCUGGAUCACACACAUUCACAAAUGCACACAAACAAUGGUCCAGCUGUAUAAUAUUGAAAAAUUCACUACAAUAUAUACUAAAACUGACUGCUUUUUCAAAACCUGUUUUUCUGGGCUUGUGCUCAGCAUAGUAUUUAUAUAUUUCCCAAAUUCACACACACACACACACACACACGCACACACACACACACACACACACACACACACACACAAACUAAAAUAUAAGCUACAGGACCUAAGCAUAGGGAUCACAUAUUUAAAUUUUAGCCACCUAACAUGGAUGUUCUGUGGUAAACUUUAUAUUUUUCUAAGUGUUAUAGUUUCUGUAUCUAAAUUAGUAAGGUGUAUUGAGUAUCACAAUUUUUUUUCUCUCUCUCUCUCUCUCUCUCCUUGUUUUUCUUUUGGUACAAUAUAAUAAUCUUGGAGGAGUCAUACUACUUCAUAAAUACAAAAUAAAUUUAAGAUAUGAGUAUGAAUAUAAUAAAUACUAUCUACAAGCA